AUGAGCGAUCCCUUCUCCGCCGCCGCCAGCGCCGUCGGGAUCAUCUCCCUCGGUCUCCAAGUAACCCAACAACUGGUUGCAUUCUGCCAAGCGUUUCAAAGCUACGACGAAGACGUGCGCCGCGUCGAAGCCAAAGCCCAGAGUCUUCGCCGUCCGCUCCGCGCCCUCCGCGAUAUCAUCGAGGAUGCGCAGCUCACGAACCCGGAGUUGGCGGGCGAUCUGGCAGACAAGGCGCUGGGGCUGCAGCGGAUGGUGCAUCGGUUGAAGGCGUCGGUUGACGGGGAUCCGUUGAUUCAGUUGAUUCCUGGUGGAUGGUCCGGGGUACCGUUUGCAGAGAAGUUGGUUUCGGAGAAAAUGAGAGGGAGGUUGAAGAAGGUGGUUCAUCCGUUUCGAAAGGAUGGGUUGAGGGAUUUGUUUGCGGAUUUGGAUGGAAUUCAGAAUGCGUUGCAGACUACUUUGAGUUUUGCUAGGUCGUGUAAUGGCGAAACUGACGAUAGGGCCGAGUGCCGGUCAUGCAGACAUUCGGUGCAGAAGAUGACGAGGUUGGGAAUGAUGCAAGAGGCCAUUCUUGAAGAGGUGCAGCAAAUUCGCGUCACAUUGCAGGAGUAUCCUCAGGGCAUGCCACCUCCAGGGCUGCUGAGAUCUUGGUGCGAUAGCCAGAGUUAUUUUAGCACCAUGUCAAUCACGGAGAUGCCAUCUGAGGAGGACAUGCAGACCGAGAGCAAGAGCGAGACCGCCCUGCAAUUGACAGACGAGAGCAUGACCGACCUUGAUUCUGUCACCGUUUCCUCUACGAACUCUUGCCGCGCUUGGAUUUUUACGAAUCGCAAUUACGGCGUCCUUUUCGCUUUCCAAAGGCGCCGGUGGGUUCUCGAUAGCGCCUUCCUUGAGAGCGUGCGAGCCAUCGUUAAAUACCAUGGAAGCACUCUAAAUUUGCACUCCACCAAGGUCAAUAACAGGGAAGCGGCAAGGAGGGACGACUUUGAAGAGGUGGUAAAUAAUAGCAUCAGGCAAAUACAACUGGCUUUUUCCACAGGCAAGUCGAGGCCCACGGACAUAUUCUAUUAUGAUCUCGUUCCUGAUGACUAUAAUAUGGUUUCCUUUGUGGAUGGGCUCGUUAAUUUCGAUCUGAUGACAUCCCGAAACCAGCUUCCAGUGUUAGAAAGACUUGCAAGGUUUCUUAUUGAAAGUGGAUCGGUACCUCAGAACCGCUUGAAUCAUGGAGCGCUGAGAGAGCUGCUUCGUUUCGGGAGGUUUGGGGAUGAAGAGUACCGUUUGGCAAGCUACCUUGUUGAGCAUGGCGGUCCUUGCGUCCUUCACUGGGAUGGGUCAUUGAGUCUUGUCGAAAAGUUCAAUGUGAAAUACAUUGUUGCCAGGAGCACAGAGAUCAUUACUGUUCCCGACACUGCGAGGAUCCUCUUACAAGAAUCCGAAGAGGAGCUUCUGACUGGCCUCAAAUCAGGGUCAAUUGAUCCCCACGAGAAAGUUUGUGGCACGUCAUUGCUGAGGCUAGCGUUCGGCUGGCCAAGGGGAAUUCAGAUCCUGCUAGAAGCUGGGGCUCAUGUUGGACAUGGCUCUUUGAUCUCAUUCUGGGGAUGUCCCAGUCCUCUCGUCGAGUCCGACAUUGAUUUUGAUGCUUUCUUUCAUUCCACUAGACUCCUGCUUGAGGGAGGAUGUCGAAUACGCUUAUCAACUGUUCAAGUACCUAGGUCUGGAAGAUUACAAUCACUGUUCAUCAGUGUCUUUGCUAAUCGACGGAAAAGGCUCGGCAGAAUUGCCCGAUCUUGUCUGCCACAGGACGUGCUGCAAGAGCUGGACAUACGCGAGGGGGCAGUGGUCGACUUGCAUGCAUCAAGAGUGUGCGAACUGCUGGCCGCUCGUGGCAGAUCGGUCGAGUGGUCACUUUGGGCUGACGAGAAGGAUGCAUCCGUCUAUCACAACCCUUACCUACAUCCUGACUUUAUGCAAAAACUCUUGGACGCGGGAUUUGAGGACUUUGACUCUCCAGACUCCAAAGGCGUUACCCCACUAAUGGUGAACUCUCAAUCUGUGACUUCAGCGGAAAAAUCUCUCGAACGAAUGGCUUGGCUCGGAUCCAAAGGAGCAGAUCAAACUUAUCAGUUGCCCUCAUCUCGUGCGCGCGUUGCCCAUUUGUUGACAGCACAAAUUGUUGGACUCCUACUGAAAACCUUGGAGUUUUGGAAUACCGAGACUGUCGACUUUGAUUGGUCAAGCCUAGUGCGAACGAUUUCUCAGAACAGGACCAAUCUUUUCCCAUGCCAUUUGAUAAAGGACACGUGCGUCUGCGAUUGCAGUACUCAAGGUUGUACGGUUGUCUCUGUCGCCAUGAGACAAGUCUUGCGGUGGUCUCGAUGGAGAGAGAUGCCAAGCUGUUCAACUUGGCUCAAGCGCCUCAUGUCCUGCAUUGUGGAAUGGGCCCAGCACGAUAAAUGGGCGGAGCUGGCUGUCAUCCGAGUACUGACGUUUGAUGCGGUUGGCUUGAAACACUCAUGUUGUAUUGAGAUUGACUGCCUCCGCAAUACAAACACCAGUCAAGGUGUGCAUGACCUGGUUGGCAGAGACCAUGAAGAAAUCUACGAGAUACGAGCCGAAAAUUCAUAUCAGCUUGAUCUGUUCAACUUGCUAAUCACUCAUUUCGAGUUGAAAUACAACGAGCUAGGACUUCCCUUGAUGGACUUCGUCGAAGGGUACUGGUAUCCUUACAUUCUUGCGCAUCUCCUCACCUGGGACCCAUUCAGCGAAGAGCACAAUCAGGCGACAAGAGAAAUCGGCGUGGUUUUGCAUCCAGAAGAACCUGAUCUGAGCCAAGUCUCGCUUCUUCUUUGCAAUGCAAGCCCACACAUCAGGUGCGGUGAUGAUUCCUUCAUGCUAGCCCCAAAUUUUCAUAGCGACUCGAGCAGCCUGACAUGUCCAUGA